AUGCUUGCAGUAUGGAUCACUACUCUUCUUCUUUUCAAUGCAGCCAGAGGAAGGGAAGUUUGCUACAAGAGACUUGGAUGCUUUUCAGACAGCCCCCCAUGGGCUGGGAUCCCUGGGAGACAACUGGCAGGCUUGCCCAGCUCUCCAGAUGCUGUGAACACAAAUUUCCUUCUUUAUACCAGAGAUAACAUGGUGAAAUACCAAAGAAUUUCAGCUACAAAUCCUUCAACUAUAAAAGCUUCGAAUUUCCGGGCACACAGGAAAACUCGUUUCAUUAUACACGGCCACCUUGCCGGAGCAGAUCUCCCCUGGAUAAGAAGCAUAUGUAGGUUCAUGUUUCACUCUGAAGAUGUGAACUGCAUUUUGACAGACUGGAGGGACGGCUCCAGUGGUCUGUACACGGAUGCCGUCAACAACGUCCGCAUUGUGGGGGCCGAGCUGGAGUACCUGGUGAACUUCCUCGAGAAAGAAUACGGCUACUCUCCUGCCAACAUCCAUUUCAUCGGCCACAGCCUUGGAGCACACGUUGCAGGGGAGGCAGGGAGGAGGAAGCCUGGCAUUGGAAGAAUAACAGGUUUGGAUCCAGCUGGGCCCCUUUUCCAGUACACUCCCACAAUGGUUAGGCUGGAUCCUUCAGAUGCAAAAUUUGUUGAUAUAAUUCAUACUCAUGCUGGUCAUCUUUUCUUUGACUUUGCUCCAGGGAUGCUUCAGACUUGUGGCCACCUGGAUUUUUACCCAAAUGGUGGGAAGAGGAUGCCAGGAUGCAGCCAGCUUCGUGUACCUCCUGCAACCCGGGAUAUCAAUGACCUGAUGACAGCAUAUGGAUCUUUUGGAUGUGGACAUAAAAGAAGUCUCAGGUAUUAUGCUGAGAGCAUCAUCACUCCAGAUGGAUUUGUGGGGUAUCAGUGUGACACGUACCGACAGUUUGUGUUGGGAGACUGCUUUCCAUGUCCAGAAGAAGGAUGCCCGCUGAUGGGUCAUUAUGCUGAUAAGUUUCUACGUAAAACUGAAAAAGAACAUCAAAAAGUUUAUUUAAACACAGGGUCCUCCCCUCCAUAUGCUCGCUGGCGAAAAGAGAUACAUGUCAAAGUAUGUGCAACAGAAACCAUGAAGGGAAAUAUAGAUAUAGCCUUGACUGGAACUAAUGGGUUCAGAAAAAAAUAUGCCAUUGACAAGGGAACUCUCAAACCAGGCAACACCUACUUGAACUACAUUGAUACAGAAAUUCCUGGGAACAUUUCAAAAGUUGAGUUUCUCUGGAAAAAGCAAGUAGGUCAUGCAGACAGAGGCUGCAUGGGAGCUGAAGAAGUCCGAAUAAUAUCUGGUGAAAAUGGGAAUGUCUGUGUUCUGUGGGUGUGGAGCUGUGCAGCCCAGCAUGUGGCAAGCCCUGGCUCUGUGCUGAGGGCCAGGAACGCCUGGAGCCCUGCAGCAACCCUCACCAGCUGGAACAGGACACCACAGGCAGCAGCAAAGGACUAACAAGGCUCCCUCAACAGACUUGGAGAAAUUUGUCCAGCCCUCCAUAAAAGCUCAAUUUCCAAGUUAGUGCUGUCACCUUUUCUCCAUGCUACACUCCUGUGAACUAUGGUUACAAUGACAGAAAACACAUAUGUUACUAAUAACCAGCUGGACUCUUUUCUAUACCUGAAACAUGCAUUUCCUUUAUCAAAACUAUUGUACUACUGAGGAACUUGAAUUUUCUGGCAGCCUUCAAUAAAAAACCCUAUUUUCUCUUUGCCAGUGAAACUUAAUUUUCCACCUUUACUUUGCCUUUGUGACAAUGCUGAAGUCAGAUUUGAGCUACAUCAUUUGGAUUAGCAUUGCCACUCCAAAUUUGUUAGCAUUUUGAUUGUACUGAUUAGCAAAACCAGACCACUAACAGUUAUCAGCAUCAGCCAAAAUAAGCUAAGGUUCCUUUGUUUCAAUGCAGGCUACCCACAAAAAAUUCUUUCAUUUUUUAAUUACCAGCUGUUGUCUGAGGCAUGCAACAGAUUUUUGCAUCUGAUGUAAAGUUUAUC